UGUUUCCGUCGAACUGUAUUAAGGAACGGACUAAACACGGACUCCCUCCUGAAUUUAAACCAGUGGAGUUAAAAUCCCUCACACUUUUUAUUUUCAGGUUAAAAUGAAGUUUCGGGGGAAAAUAACCGACAUCGCCUGUUUGAACCACUUCACUAAGAAUCUUCCCAGACAGAACUACUGAAUCCUUCAGGUUUCAGCAUUUAGCCUGAUCCUGAAAUCAGCUGUGUGUCUGCGGAUAAGGGCCUAACUAAAGCCUGGUCCUCUGUUCAGGAGUGGUGACCACCAUCUCCAAGCUCACCAAGACCUGCGUCCUGCGGCUGACUCCGGACCAUCUGUUCUUCAUCCUGCCGGGAAAAGUGACCAACGGAGGAGUCGGCAUGUGGUGCCAGCUGCUGCAGGCCAACUUCUUCCAGGAGUACCAGAUGGAGGGCGUGACCUCUGAGGUCCAGGAGAUCUGCCUGGAGGUGAGUCCAGAACCCUGGAGCCGGGCCCUGAAGACGGUCCAGUCCGCCAAGUCAGUGAAGCUGAAGCUGACCAGGAAGCACUGCGCCUGUCUGACCGUCGCUGCCGAGCUGCCCACCCUGUCCAGCGUCGGCAGAGUCGUCACUCACGACGUUCCCGUUGACGUGAUUCCUCGAAGGCUCUGGCAGGAAUUCCAGGAAGCCGGCGUUCCGGACUUUGAUGUGAGCGUUUACCUUCCUCCUCUGAAGACGAUGAAGAGUGUGGUGGACAGGAUGAAGAACCUCUCUAACUUCCUGGUGAUGGAGGCCAACCUGAACGGAGACAUGAACCUGAAGAUCCAGACCGACCUGGUUUCUGUCACCACUCACUUCAAAGACCUGGGGAACCCUGCAUGGGGCGACGUCUCCUCCCAGGACGGAGGUCCGUCUCAGAGCAGAGACCCAGAGGUCAUGGCAGAGGUCACGGUGGACAUCAGGAAGCUGCAGCAGUUCCUCAUGGGUCAGCAGGUCAACCCCAGCAAGGCCCUGUGCAAUAUUGUCCAUCAGAACGUGGUCCACCUCGUCCUGCUGCAUGAAGACGUUUCUCUGCAGUAUUUCAUCCCUGCUGUGGCCUGAUCCUCUGCAGAUAUUCUGGUUCUGGUCGGGUUCAGAGAGCUGGAGCUGCUUUCUCUACCGGACCCGGAGGAGCAGAUUCAGAACCUACAUCCAGACUUUAUAAAGACUUUACCUGCUGAACUGAGCUGCUGCACUAAUUAUUAAAUGUUUUAUAUUUAUACAGAGAUGAAGGAUUCAGUUUCUGAAUCAUUUCUGAUUAAAUUCUGCAGAUUUUAAAUCUGCUGGAUCCUAAAAACCUUCAUAUGUUUCUGAGUUGCCCUGUGAUGAACCGGUGACCCGUCCAGCGUGUUCUCCACCUCACCCAGUGACUGCUGGAGAGGCACCAGGCCUCCUCCACCGAUUGAAUCGCAAUGGCAUUACCAAGUAAAUAGAACAUACUAAAAAGAUUCCAUUGAGUCUGAAUACAAAACAAUCAUUAAUAACGAUUAAAUAAGUUUUAUUAUUAAAAUGA